CACGCUAUUCAUUGCUACGCCAGUAUGAUGGAAACCCCGAUUCUCGACACCAGCAAAGGCUGGGAAGAGAUCAAAACCGACUAUGAUCCGGAAUUGAUCAAAGAGUCAAAGGGAUAUACCAUCUGGAAGGCACCCAGCCAUAAUCUGCGCCCGACGGCCUAUCUCGAUGGCCUCCGCGGCUUUGCAGCCUUCAUUGUGUACUGGCAUCACCACGAGCUAUGGGUUCACGGUUGGACAAGUCAAAACUCCAUUCUGGACAAUGGCUUCGGCUACGACAGCAAAUACCACAUGGCUGCGUUCCCCUUUAUUCGAAACUUCUUCACUGGCGGACACUUUGCCGUAUCAACCUUCUUCAUCAUCUCCGGCUAUGUUCUCUCUUUGAAGCCGCUGAGCCUCAUGCAGGCCGGUGAAGUUACAAAGCUGGGCGACAAUCUUGCAUCGGCCUUCUUCAGACGAGCCCCGCGACUCUACUUGCCAAUCAUCGCCGUCAUCGUUGUAUAUCUAACGUCGUGGCACAUGCUUGGCUUGUGGGUCAAUGGCAAGACAAAGGCAGGAAGCUGGGCGGAUGAGAUCUGGACUUUCUACUGCGAGUUCAAGAAUUUCACCUUUGUCUUCAAAGAGGGAGGUGUCCCCUGGCUCAGCUACAACGGCCACCUGUGGUCCAUCCCAGUCGAAUUCAGAGGUUCCAUGGUCAUCUAUGCAUCGCAGCUGGCCUUGUCCCGCUGUUCCAAGAAUGCCCGGCUGUGGUGCGAGGUGGCGUUGAUAUGGUACUUCAUGUUCGUCGCAGACGGCGCUCACUUUGCCAUGUUCUGCACAGGCAUGCUGCUCUGCGAUCUGGACCUCUUGGCCAAGAAGGACGAGCUUCCGCUGCUUCUGUAUCGCCUCGAGCCGUACAAAGACUUCAUCUACUACCACCUUCUCGUCUUCGGCCUCUUCCUGGGCGGCGUCCCCGGCGAGAGCUCGGACGUCGAGAACCUGCGCAAGAGCCGCGGCUGGUACUACCUGGGCUGGUUCAAGCCCCAGGCAGUCUUCGACUACAAGUGGUUCUACCUCUGGAUCGCGGCCACCUUUCUGGUUGCGGCCAUUCCGCGCAUCCCCUGGCUGAAGCGCUUCUUCGAGACGCGCUUCUGCCAGUACCUGGGCCGCAUCUCCUUUGCGCUGUACAUGGUCCACGGCCCCGUCCUGACGAUUCUGGGAGACCGGCUCUACGCCGCCACCGGCUGGAAGACGGACGAGCACCUGCGGCACAUCCCACACUGGGUGGACAAGCUGUACCUCCCCAAGUCGGGCCCGCUGGGGCUAGAAGUCUCGUUCCUGGUGCCCAACCUGAUCCUGCUGCCCCUGACGCUGGCGCUGGCGGACGCAGUCACCAGAUGGGUGGACACGCCGAGCGUGACUUUUACGUCGUGGCUGUAUCGCAAGACGCUGGGCGGCGGUCCAGAGCCGCUGCUGCUCGGGAAGCAGGCCAGGGCGUGA